UCUCUCCCGCCCGUUUCCAUGGAGACGGAAUGGACCCCGCCCCCUCCCGGCCUCUCGGCCUGUCUCCGCCAGAGGGCGCCCGUUCUCCGGAGAAGCGGCGGCGCCAUUCCGGUGAGCGAGAUACCGCCAGAUGGCGGCUUAGGAUUGCUGCUCCCUGCCAGGCGCGGCCCGGGGGUUACCCCCGUUAUUAUCCCCCUUACCGGGCCCCCCCGCCCCCGUGCACCGCGGGUAAUACAAUAUUUUCCCCGUAUCCGCCCCUAGUGGUGCUCUACGCCAGGCCUGGGCCGCGGCCGCCGGGGCAUUAACCCCCCUCCUGCCGGAUCCUUUGUGCCCCUCACCCGAGGACACCUGGUGGAUCGGGAACUGACCCCCCUUACCGGGCGCACUGGGACGAGCGCGGAAGCUGCAGACCAGGGAUGUCAGUAGGAGAUUCACGUCUCUGCAAAUUUGAAUAACUGAACCUACAGGAAACUCUUAAUUACCAUUAUAGUGGAGGAAAAGCUCUACGCAAGAGGCCCGCAAACAUGAUCACCUCUGAGCUGUCGGUCUUGCAGGACUCCACAAAUGAGAGCGCAACAGUACACACAGACAUGUCUGCAGUUGCUAGUGAAAUAAGCUCAGACAUUGUGGAGGAUAUAGAGGUCAAGGGGAAGAGGAAAAGAGGACGCCCAGGAAGGCCACCAUCUGCCAUAAAGAAGCCACGGAAAACACCUGGUGAACGGAGCCGGGGAGAACCUGGAGCUAGAGGACGAGGGAGAGCUAAUGGACAUCCCCAGCUGAAUGGCGAGGGUGAUCCAGUCACCUUGUUUGAAGUUGUGAAGAUGGGAAAGAGUGCCAUGCAGUCUGUUGUCGAUGAUUGGAUCGAGUCCUACAAACAAGAUCGAGACAUUGCUCUUCUAGACUUAAUAAACUUCUUCAUCCAGUGUUCUGGAUGUAAAGGUACUGUAAGAAUUGAGAUGUUCCGCAAUAUGCAGAAUGCAGAAAUUAUCAGAAAAAUGACUGAGGAGUUUGAUGAGGAUAGUGGCGACUACCCUCUAACAAUGCCUGGUCCUCACUGGAAGAAGUUUCGCAGCAACUUCUGUGAGUUUAUUGGUGUACUGAUCCGGCAGUGCCAAUACAGUAUCAUUUAUGAUGAAUACAUGAUGGACACAGUCAUCUCCCUGCUCACCGGUCUCUCAGACUCCCAGGUCCGAGCGUUCAGGCACACGAGCACACUGGCGGCCAUGAAGCUGAUGACUGCGCUGGUGAAUGUUGCUCUUAAUUUGAGUAUUCACCAGGACAACACUCAGCGGCAGUAUGAGACAGAGAGGAACAAGAUGAUUGGCAAGCGAGCUAAUGAAAGGCUUGAGCUGCUGCUUCAGAAACGCAAAGAGCUUCAGGAAAACCAGGAUGAAAUUGAGAACAUGAUGAACUCCAUAUUCAAAGGCAUCUUUGUUCAUAGAUACAGAGAUGCCAUUGCUGAGAUCCGAGCCAUCUGCAUUGAAGAAAUAGGGGUGUGGAUGAAAAUGUACAGCGAUGCUUUCCUCAAUGACAGCUACCUAAAGUACGUUGGCUGGACGCUCCACGACCGGCAAGGAGAAGUGAGGCUCAAGUGCCUGAAAGCUCUCCAGAGCCUGUACACCAAUAGGGAACUGUUCCCCAAGCUGGAGCUCUUCACUAAUAGGUUCAAGGACCGGAUUGUAUCAAUGACAUUGGACAAAGAAUAUGAUGUUGCGGUUGAAGCAAUUCGCCUGGUGACACUAAUCCUUCAUGGCAGUGAAGAAGCCUUGUCCAAUGAAGACUGUGAGAACGUCUACCACUUGGUGUAUUCUGCACACCGGCCUGUAGCUGUAGCAGCUGGGGAAUUCCUGCACAAGAAGUUAUUUAGUAGACAUGACCCACAAGCGGAAGAGGCCUUGGCUAAAAGAAGAGGACGGAGCAGUCCAAAUGGAAAUCUUGUGAAAAUGCUGGUUCUAUUCUUCCUUGAAAGUGAGUUACAUGAGCAUGCUGCGUACCUGGUGGACAGUUUAUGGGAAAGUUCUCAGGAACUUCUGAAAGACUGGGAAUGUAUGGCAGAACUGCUGGUGGAGGAGCCGGUACAAGGGGAGGAAGUGAUGUCUGAGCGGCAGGAGAGUGCGCUGAUUGAGCUCAUGGUGUGUACGAUUCGGCAAGCAGCGGAAGCACAUCCGCCUGUAGGAAGAGGAACUGGCAAGAGGGUGUUAACUGCCAAGGAGAGGAAAACUCAGAUAGAUGAUAAGAAUAAGCUGACGGAACAUUUCAUUGUUGCACUUCCAAUGCUGCUGUCUAAGUAUUCUGCUGAUGCAGAGAAAGUGGCAAACCUUUUACAAAUCCCUCAGUUUUUUGAUCUGGAGCUUUAUAGCACUGGACGAAUGGAAAAGCACCUGGACAGCUUACUAAAGCAGACGAAGUUUGUGGUGGAGAAACACACAGAGGCGGAUGUAUUGGAGGCUUGUAGUAAAACCUACAGCAUUCUAUGCAGUGAAGAGUACACUAUCCAGAACAGAGUGGACAUAGCACACAGUCAGCUGAUCGAUGAGCUGGUAGACAGGUUCUCGCAUUCGGUGGAGGAUUUGUUACAAGAUGUAGAUGAAGCUGAUGAAGAUGAUAUAUAUAAUGUCCUGGCCUCGUUAAAGCGGUUAACAUGUUUUCAUAACGCUCACGACUUGACCAAGUGGGACUUGUUUGGGAACUGUUACCGUCUGCUGAGGGCAGGGAUUGAACAUGAAGGCAUGAUCGAGCAGAUUGGUGUACAGGCUCUCCAGUGCGCUCACUACUCCAUACUGUGGCAACUGGUCAAAAAUACAGAAGGCAAUCCUUCCAAAGAAGAUAUGUUGAUGAUGAGAAAGACGGUGAAGUCCUUCCUAGCUAUCUGUCAGCAGUGUCUGUCCAAUGUAAAUACACCAGUGAAGGAGCAGGCUUUCAUGCUGCUCUGUGAUCUUCUAAUGAUCUUCAGCCAUCAGUUAACAACGGGUGGAAGGGACAACCUCUUGCUUCUCAUCUUCAACCCAGAUCUAGGACUUCAGUCUGAACUACUCAAUUUUGUCAUGGAUCAUGUCUUCAUCGAUCAAGAUGAUGAAAACCAGAGCAUGGAGGGUGAUGAAGAGGAUGAAGCGAACAAAAUUGAGGCCUUGCACAAGAGGCGAAACUUACUAGCAGCGUUCUGUAAACUAAUCAUCUAUGAUAUUGUAGACAUGCACGCGGCAGCAGACAUCUUCAAGCACUACAUGAAGUAUUACAAUGACUAUGGCGACAUCAUUAAAGAAACACUAAGUAAAACAAGGCAGAUAGACAAGAUCCAGUGUGCCAAGACUCUCAUCCUCAGUUUACAGCAGCUGUUCAAUGAACUGGUGCAGGAGCAAGGUCCCAACCUGGACAGGACGUCUGCACACGUCAGUGGUAUUAAGGAGCUGGCACGCAGGUUUGCACUCACUUUUGGGUUGGAUCAGAUAAAGACCAGGGAAGCUGUGGCCACAUUGCACAAAGAUGGCAUAGAGUUUGCUUUCAAAUACCAAAAUCCCAAGGGCAUGGAGUACCCCCCUCUGAAUUUGGCCUUCCUGGAAGUAUUGAGCGAGUUUUCCUCGAAGCUCUUGCGGCAGGACAAGAGGACGGUACACUCAUAUCUGGAGAAAUUCCUGUCGGAACAAAUGAUGGAGAGAAGGGAAGACGUUUGGCUGCCACUUAUCUCCUACAGAAACUCGCUAGUAACGGGCACUGAUGAGGACCGGUUGUCUGUGAAUAGUGGAGGCAGUAACAGCAAAGGCUCCUCUGUUAGAAGUAAGAAGGGCCGGCCUCCCCUGCACAAAAAGAGAGGAAUGGAAGAAGAGAGCAUCGACAACUCCUGGGUGACCAGGAACGACACCAUCCAAACCCCAGGAGCACUUAAUACACCACAGCUUACAUCCACCGUAUUGAGGGAAAACCCCAGACAGAUGCCAGAACAGAUGCCUGAGCAGGAAUCGGAGCACGGAUCAGAACCAGACUUCUUACAUAAUCCCCAGAUGCAGAUGUCAUGGUUGGGUCAACAGAAGUUAGAAGACUUAAAUAGAAAAGACAGAACAUCAAUGAGCUACAUGAAAGUGCGGAGCGGUGUAAGGCAUACAGUACGGGGCCUGAUGGAGGAUGACGCAGAGCCCAUUUUUGAGGAUGUAAUGAUGUCCUCGCGGGGGCAGUUGGAAGACAUGAAUGAGGAAUUUGAGGACACAAUGGUUAUUGAUCUGCCACCCUCACGAAACAGACGGGAGAGAGCAGAGCUUCGGCCAGACUUCUUUGACUCUGCAGCCAUUAUUGAAGAUGAUUCAGGAUUUGGGAUGCCGAUGUUCUGAGGUUCAGCACACACGUGGAACUCUUGUUUAAAGGCCUGUAUACUGUGAGCUUCUGUAAGAAAAUUAGAACAAAGACUUUUUUUAACACAUAGAUUUUGUUCAAACCAAAUGCUUGCAGUAUUGAUGGAUUCUGUACAACCUACAAAUGGCUCCUGGUGUCUUAAAAGAACACUAGAAAGAACGACGUUUGGGUCAGCGCUACAAUACGUGCUUACUGCUCGCAGCUGUUUGAAUUUGGUCAAAUUUUCUGCAAAGAAGUAAAUGGAAAACAUUUGGUUACAUAGCCCGUUUUAUGGACAACUGGUUUUAUCUAUUUUCCUGCUGUAUAAUGAAACACUUUAAUUUUUUUUUUUAUUUUUUUUUUCCUUCAUAUGUUGAAGUCUUGGUUUUCACUACUUGGCCACCAACUAGCCAAGAGGACUGCUGUAAUAGAAUACGGCAAUGUACAAACAUAUAUCACAAAAUGCACUGGAAAUGGCAAUGAAAGAGGGGACGCAGACCAGGCCAAACACAUUGAGCCUCACAAAAAUAUCGCCAGUGUAAAGGAUUUUAUUACUUAAUGGAUGUCAGACCUAUAACAUCUAUUUAAUUGUUUUGCCAGAGGUUUUGUAUUUUUAAUCCACAGCACCUGGCCCCUUACCGAAUGUUUCGAUUUGGUUUCUUUUUGUUCUUUUUAUAUCAAAAAGGACAAUUUAACUUUUUUUUGUUUUUAACAAUACCUGUCCUGGACAUUUUUACCAGCCGAUACCAGCAAACCAAGGACAGCAGAAAUUCACUCAGUUUCAUCACUUGCAGUUAAUGAAAAAUCUUUUUUUCUUGACAUUGUGUUUCUUUUCCCCUUUUUUUUUUUUUUUUUUUUUUUUUGUUUGUCACCUUUUUUUAUAUUCCUUGUAUUGUUCAACACAACCGUACAUAUUUUACAAUGAAUAAAGGAAACUUAUAAUAGUGGGACUUACCUGAGUCUAAUAUCCGUGCGGUAAAAUACAAUUCAACAAUAAUAUUUUUGUAAGAAAACAAAAAAAAAAUAACAAAAAGUACGAUUUUAAACUGUUUUACUGUUGCCUAUAACAAGUACUUGGAUGAGGUUUGUUUUUACUUUGUUCCCCUAUGGUCAAUGUUGAAAGUUAUAUCAUUUUCAGUGUUAACUGUCCCAAGUUUGGCUCUUUUUAAAGGGGAAUGAGGAAAGUAUUUUUCCCUAGCACAAUAAAUCCCCAUUUAACUGCCCUGUUCUGUAUUGUAAUAAAACUCAAAAAUCACAUGUCUUAAAUAAAAGUGAUUUUAACAAUA